GCCGCACGGCGCCGUGCCCGCACGGAGGUCACCGAGCAGCGGCUCAGGGCCCGGUUCCGGCUCCGGCUGCAGCAUGUGGCGGGUGUUGGCUCGAAGGGUGGCCCGGGGAGCGGCGGGGGCUGCUCGGGGCCGCUGCCGAGCGCUCAGCGGUGCCGGAGCCGGAGGAAGCCGCGGGCCGGCGGCGGGGGCUGGGCCGCUGAGCCGCGGCCCCGGCCUGCGGCCCGGAGGGUUCCUGCUGCCCCUGGCGUGGCCUCGGCUCAUCCCGUGCCGCUGCUGCAGCCUCCCGGCUCACCAGAAGGUGGCCUUGCCAGCUCUGUCCCCCACGAUGCAGAUGGGCACCAUUGCACGCUGGGAAAAGAAGGAGGGUGACAAGAUCAAUGAAGGAGACCUCAUAGCAGAGGUGGAGACAGACAAAGCAACAGUUGGCUUUGAGAGCUUAGAUGAAUGCUACUUGGCCAAGAUCCUGGUGCCAGAAGGCACAAGAGAUGUUCCCAUUGGGGCCAUAAUAUGUAUCACCGUAGAAAAGCCUGAACAUAUUGAUGCCUUUAAAAAUUAUACUCUAGAUUCUGCAGCAUCUGCCCCCCCUGCAGCCGCAGUGCCUCCCCCUCAGCCUGCAGCUCCCUCACCACCACCUCCGCCUUCUCCUCAGGCUCCUGGCAGCUCCUACCCUCCUCAUAUGCAGAUCACUCUCCCUGCCCUGUCACCUACCAUGACAAUGGGCACAGUGCAGAGAUGGGAGAAGAAGGUUGGGGAGAAACUGAGUGAGGGAGACUUACUGGCAGAAAUUGAGACAGAUAAAGCCACAAUAGGCUUUGAAGUGCAGGAGGAAGGCUACUUGGCAAAAAUCUUAGUGCCUGAAGGAACAAGAGAUGUGCCAUUAGGAGCAGCUCUCUGCAUAAUUGUGGAGAAAGAGUCUGAUAUUCCAGCCUUUGCUGACUACCAACCCACUGCAGUAACGGACAUCAAGGCACAAGCUCCUCCUCCCCUUCCUCCUCCUCCAGUAGUGACAACUCCUGCUGCUGCUCCUCCUCCUCCUCAGCCUUCUGUUCCUUCUGCUCCAGCAGUCCCUACAGCUGGGCUGCCUGCCGAGAAAGGAAGGAUCCUGGCUAGUCCCUUGGCAAAGAAAAUUGCAGCAGAAAAAGGAAUUGACCUUGCCCAAGUGAAAGGUACUGGACCAGAUGGUAGAAUAACAAAGAAAGACGUGGAGUCAUUUGUGCCAUCAAAGGUUGCUCCGGCUCCAGCAGUAGGGGCAGUUCCUGCAGCUGCUGCAGUUGCAGCAGCACCAGUGGGGACCUUCACAGAUAUCCCUAUCAGCAACAUUCGGAAGGUCAUUGCUCAGCGGUUGAUGCAGUCUAAACAAACAAUACCUCACUAUUACCUUUCUAUUGAUAUAAAUAUGGGAGAAGUACUGGUGCUAAGGAAAGAACUCAAUCAGGUGGUCUCAGGUAACACUAAGCUUUCUGUCAAUGACUUCAUAAUUAAAGCUUCUGCUCUGGCUUGCUUGAAGGUGCCUGAGGCAAACUCUUCAUGGAUGGACACAGUUAUCAGGCAAAAUCAUGUGGUGGAUGUCAGCGUUGCAGUUAAUACACCUGCAGGGCUUAUAACGCCUAUUGUGUUUAAUGCACAUAUAAAGGGCCUGGCUUCCAUUAGUAAGGAUGUGGUUUCUUUGGCAGCUAAAGCCCGAGAAGGUAAACUGCAACCUCAUGAAUUCCAGGGUGGUACUUUCACGAUUUCCAAUUUAGGAAUGUAUGGGAUUAAGAAUUUCUCUGCUAUAAUCAAUCCACCUCAAGCCUGCAUCCUUGCAGUUGGCUCCUCAGAGAAAAGGCUAGUGCCAGCUGAUAAUGAGAAAGGAUUUGAUGUGGCCAGUAUGAUGUCUGUUACACUUAGCUGUGACCAUCGUGUUGUAGACGGAGCAGUUGGAGCACAGUGGCUUGCUGAAUUCAAGAAUUUCCUUGAAAAGCCAGUAACCAUGCUGCUAUAAUUUAACCAUGCAAGCAAAGUUUUUCUGGAUCCCACUGUUAUGUUUUAAACAAGCUAUUUAGACGUGAGUGUUCAGACUUAUUAAAAGAGUUCCUUUUUUAUUUUAAAUAUGUAUUAUAUUAUCUGGUAAUGUUAUUACCAGUCUGUACAGAAAAAGUUUGCAAAAGUGCUUUUCAGAGCAAUAUUACAGCUAUACUGUAUUUUUAUACAGUUAACUUGCAAACUCUUCCAAAACAGAGUUAAGCAUCCCAGAUUUAAGUUAUCCAGGCAGUAUGCAUACUGCCAUCCGCUUCUAAACUAGGGUGAACGGGGAGGUGGGGAGUGCACACCAAGCAAUUUCAUCACCUCUGUUCUUAUUAAUUUGAAUUAUGAACAUCUCUUCGCAGGAGUUCAGGUGAGAUGGUAACUGAAACGUACAAGUUAGUUAAAGGUGGAUUCCCUUACUCACGUUUUCUGCUGGGAUGGGUAGUAUGACAUGCACUAAGGGACUGAAGCGCCCGGGAAUAGUUUCUCAAAGGCCAAGUGCUAGCAUUCCAAAUCUCUCUUUGGAAUUUGGCACUGGUCUGGACCUUCUCAGCUGUGUGAUCCCUUUUGAGCACUUUAAGGUGAAAGAGCACUGAUAUCUGUGGGGUCACAGCUGUCAGAUACCACAGGGAGUGCUUAUCUCCUUGUGGACUUAUACUUACAUGUGCUUUCUGUAUGAAAACUCUAAUUGCUGUUCCUCUUGUUAAUAUCAGACUAGGAUGACGUGGAAAGUAACCGUUUUGCAGAAUGUUUAAGAAAAUCUGUGUGCUGGCACUGACUAUAGGCAAAUCACACACACUAAUAAUCCCAUCAGUGGAUAUUAAUCCUGUGAUGACUCAAAUGCUUGGAAUUUUUUUCCAGGCAUUCUGACAUGGGAAUCUGUGAGUUAGUCACUGGUACUGUGGUUCUGCAAUGAAUUGUCUAUGUUGUUCCAGCCUCAGUAGGCAGCAAAAUAUGCUACCAUACAUAUAUUGUAUGUAAAAUGCUUCGAUAGUUUGUUGGACUUGUGUCCACUUAUCCCAGUCAUUGUAUUCUGAAAGGGGUGCAGUGCUGAACAUUCUUAAGCUCCAUUUUCCACAUGGAAAUCUUAAUGUGCAAAGGAUGGCUGUGUAGCAAUUACAAAGUGCCCAGGAGAACGACAAGGGGGUAGAAUUCUAAGAAAAGGAAAGGAAAAGUUAAAGCUGUUCUGUAUAUUGCAGUAAGUACUGUUUCCUGUAAAGUUCUACAACGUUCACUAAAGAUACUGGAAGAAAAUAUUAUGGAAAUUAAAUAUUUUUGUGGGAACUGUUUAAUGUCUGGUUGCUGUGAUACCUGGUUUUCAUGCCUGGCUUAAGCAAAAAGGUGCAUUCAAGGUUUAGCUUUUGUUUAAUGUUCGAAAAUAUCUUGGUUCCAGACUUGCUCUAGUGAACCUAUGUUCUAUUAAAUGCUUGGAAUUGACAGCUACUAAAACAUCUUCCAGUGCUUUUGUAUUCAGUUAUGUGUGGCUUACUGUACUGCUAUAGCACAAUCAGGGGUGUUUAGCUGAUCAGUCUGAUCAUGAAACUCACCCUAUUAACCUGAAAUUCUAAUUACAGAUGUUCCAAAACAAUACAUGCUUUAUUAGUAUCAUGUAGCAGUGAACUUGAAUCUUCCUGGCUUCCUUGCUGCAGCGCACCUCAAAUUCUGGUUACAGAGACCUUUCACUCUGGAACACUUGCAACUGAAAAAAUCCUGCCCAGUGCUUGUGCACUGAGUGCUGAUAGUGACUUCUGGUCCUGCUUGCGUCCUGCAGCAGGCCAGGUCAGCUCAUGCAAUGGUGGAAUUUCACCUUGAACUUACAACUAUUACCACUGAAAAGUGUCUCAGUGCAGCCAGAAGUCUCUUUGAAACAGAGAAUGGAGAAAGCUAGGAGUUAACUGCACUUUCAUCAGUCUGUAUUUUAAAGUUGCGGCACAAAACCAAUUUGUCUGUUUCCAUUUCUGAUUCGAUGAGUAUCGGUACAGAAGCAUGGUUGUAAUGCACAUGUUGUAAGCCGUAAGAAUGACAUACUACCAAAUCAAUCAUAAAAAUAAGAUCACUUGAACUUUUGUUUGUCCCUGUGCCAAUUCUAGUCACGCUUAGUAAUCCUUGAAGCUGUUUUGUGUUGCUGUUUGUUGCUUUGUAUUACUUUGUAUUUUGUGUAUUACUGUAAAAUAAUGCAGGUGUUUUUUCCUAGUUGAAGUACUGCAAGAUUGUGUUUGGUUGCUAGCUUCACUCCAAUCAUUCCUGAGCUUUGAAUCUGUAGAUGUUGUUUUGAAUGGUACAGAACAGGUCUGUUUUUUGGGGUCUCAUUCAGAGAUUACAAAACCAGUAAGAACUGAGGUCAAGCAUAUAAAGUGACUACACAGCCUAUUCCUGUUAAAAUCAGCAGGGAUUGUCCUAAAGGGAUUUGAGAACACCAUGCAGGGCAACUUGUAGAACUGUGUAUGACACGCCUCUGCUGGUUGUUCCAGUAUUAAACACGUGAGACCUGAAUAACCGUGUUUAUCCAGUAAUCAAUUUAUUCUGCAAAAACACUUCACAACUGUUAACUGCUGUACCUUAAGGCAAAAUGAAUGAUGCGGUAAAGCAUGUAUGCAUUUAUGGUCUUUUACUACAGCUGUUAACAUAUUCAAGUCACUCCUUGAGUAUUUGCAAUUUUUAAACUUACUUUUGUCCUAACUUUUGUGGUGUUAAUGUUCCUUCAGACUUCCUUUUCUACAUGCACUCGAGGUAUUCACCCCUGAAGUUUAAAGAAACACAGCUCAUCACCAUCUAAAAGUUAGGAUUCUCAUUCUGAGCUUUUUCUUGUUCUGGCAUCUGUAAACAUGAACUGGACAGAAUGCAGUCUUCAAGGAUCUGGCUUGGCAACCAGCACUGUGAUAAACAAUAUCCGUUUUCCUUUGUUAAAUACAGCUGUAGUUGUUUCUUCAUCCACCAGUUCUGGCAGCUCUAGUUGUAAUUUGUAUUUUCCAGGGACUUCAAUGACUAUGUCAUCCUGAACCAAGAAAAUUAAAUACUUGGUUAACUAUUUGA